AUGAGAUCCAUCACUAUUAGAGAUUUUAACUCUUUUGAUGAAAAUAAAUUUUUAAAUGAUUUUUCCAGUCAUGACUGGAAUCAGCUUCUGAAUACUGGUGAUAUUGAUCAAAAGGUCCAACUAUUUAAUCAAUACCUUUUGGCUAGUCUUGAUGGAAAUGCGCCAUUAAAAACCAUACAUCCAAAACAUAUGCCUGCGCCUUGGCUGACUACUGAAAUUAAAACGCAAAUGUCAGAGCGUGACAGAGCACGUAGAAGAUGGAGGGGAUGUAAGAGUGAAGCUAAUUAUGCGCUGUAUAAAGCGUUAAGAAAUAGAGUUCAAAUCAUUGUACGUAGAACUAAGGAAGAAUAUCACCUGGCUACUUUCUCUAGACUGAAGGAUCCAAACUCUAUUUGGAAAGAGCUUAGNAGGCUCGGCCUCGUAAAUACAAAAUCGUCCAAAUUUACACUUCCUUUCUCUACAAAUGAACUGAAUAGCUUCUUUUCUACUCGCUUGCCAUCAUCUUCUAUUGUGGACGAGACUUAUGACAUACUUGANGAGGAAUCUUAUUAUGACGACGAUAAGUUGUAUUGGAGAAAUAUUGAUGUUCUGGAUGUGAUUAAUGCUUUGGAUAGGAACAAAUCCAAUGCUGUUGGUAUAGAUGGCAUAUCUCCGAAAUUGAUUUUUACAGCUCCGCCUUGUAUUCUUCCUAUUAUCGUGCAUUUAUUUAAUUUUAGCCUUAAUCAAGGCGUUUUUCCAACUGUUUGGAAAUCUGCAAUCAUCUGUCCGGUGCCUAAAACCAGGAACCCGUCUGAAUUGCAACAUUUUCGACCUAUCUCUAUUUUAUGUGCUAUUUCUAAGGCGCUUGAAAGUAUAGUGGUGACUCAGAUGACGGAAUUCUUGGAGAAGAUAAAUGGACUGGACCCAUUUCAAAUUGCCUACAGACGAGGAUAUUCUACACAAACUGCCUUGAUCAGAGUUAUUGAUGAUAUCAGAUUAGCUGCUGACAAAAGAGAUCACUGUCACAGUGUUCUUUGA